CCCGCGCUCGGCCGAGCCGCGUGGGGCCCGCGCCCCGUCGCGCGAGCCGCCGACGACGCGGCGGCCCUCGCACGACCACUCGGCGCGGCGGCCCUCGCACGGGUCGGCCUCGGUCACUUCGCCAUCGCCCGCCGCGGCGAGGAGGACAAAGUGGAGAAACGCGCUGAUAUUUGGGGACCGACUCGUGGGCCGACUGCCAGAACUCCUGGCCUCAGCGCUGGGCCCGCUCGGCGUCCCUGGAGGUCAGCUGCUUCGCUGCUGGAGGCAGUACGAGCGCCGACCUGGAGGCCCAGGCCGAGCUCUUCGACGAGCUCGCCCGCUACCAGCCGUUGCGGCCUACCUUGGCGGUCAUACACAUAG